AAUUCAUCUGAUUAAGUACUGACUGAGUUGCCUUUUUUAUCACUGAUUGCUGCAUAAUGAUCUUCAAUUUUAAAGAAGAGAAUAUUCAAUUCUUAUUCGUCCUGUCAGCUCCAGCUACUGAAGACUUCAGUAAACUCAUAGUAAACCACUUAUCCAGAGGAGGAAAUCAAAAAUUGAUCACCACCGCAGCGCAAAAAUUAGGUAUCAGUAAAGAAACAAUUCAAGCUGGUAUUGAAGAAGUAAUUUACUUAUACGUGGAAAGCUGCAAGAGGAAGUUAAGUUGGACAGAUUUUAAAGACUUUUUAGUGAGAACAGGUUUCAAUCAGGAACAAGCAGAAAUACUAAGCAGAGUUUAUGAAGGACAAAAAUGUUUCAUAUCUGAAACUCUACAAGAACAGCAGAAAUCUCAGUUUCCUCACUUCUCUAAUCUAGAAUGGAGGCUGGAAAGUCAGGUUGCAUCACGCUCCUUGCUACACCAAAAUGACCCUACACUAUUAUUAGAGUUAGAAACAUCAGAGGGAGGAACACCUCGGAGACAUUUCCUGCAGAUGGAGCCUUCAGUUUUGCAAAGCAUAACUAGCAAGUUAAAUGAUGCUCUCAAAGAAGCAAACAGUGUUCUAGCAAAACGUGUCUUAAAAAAAUUUUCAUGAUAAAGGUAGUAAGACUGAAGAAAUGUUCAUGAUGGACUGAACUCAUUGUAAGUGCCAAGAAAAAUGCAUUCCUUAUCCAGCUGAAAUUGGUGCAAUUUUUGGUGAAUGUCAAUGCCAGGCUAAACUCAACAGUCUUGGGAAGCCGUUCAUGCCUUGAAAGAAUGUUUACACCCAGUCUGUUCCUUGGUGAGCCUUGUAGGGCUUCCCCAGUUCAUUUGAAUCUCUUGGCCUUGAAACUUCUUACAUUUCAAAUAAGUGCAUUAAAACAACGUGUAUGAAAUGUUCUUGUCGAGAUUGAAUUCAUAGAUGAUCUCAGAUGUAUUCCCCCCCCCCUCCCCUAACUUGUUAGUUUUAAAUCCGGAAUGUCCAUCCUCCUUUUUGUCUCCUUUUUCAAUAGGCAUUGAAAAUAUUUGCAUGAGAUGCACCAUGACCAGAAAUUACAGGACCAGAAAAAUUGGAAUUUUAGGGAAAAUAAUUUUCUGUAUGGAAAUCAUUGAUCUCCUCAAUGAUCAAACUUUAUGACUGCUCUAGGAUCCUUGUCAUUUCCAGAAUUGUGUCAUUGGCUUCAUUAUUUAUUACUCACGCUGUCCAUGGGGUUAGACAUUAGUUAUUUUAAUUCUUCCUCAUGUAUAUUAUUAUUAAAAAUCUCAUGAACCUUUAAAGUUGUUUAUAUAAUGCAAUCUAAAUUUUUCAGUUUUGAGACUUUCAUCCGCAAUUUGCAACCCCUAAUAUAAUCGAGUAUUUUGUUAAUCUGUAUUUUUUACAUGUAUGUCAGUAUAUAUACUUUUAAUAAAUGUUUUUCAAAAAUUUU